UAUCAAUUUCUCUUUCAUUCUUUUUUGUUCUACUCAUCGACAUGAGAUGUCGAUUUCAAAUUUUCCUUUACAAAACCCUCGAGUAUACUUGAAUUGUCAACUUCUGAUAACACCACCAUCACUCUUUCCUCCAACACUUUCUUCCAUUCUUCGUCUCUCUAUAUAAAUGCACAUGCCCACAUUAACAACCUCCCCACAACAAAAGUUUUCCACAUUGUUCUCACUACACAACACAAACCCCAUUAAUUUGUUUCUUUUUUUUGUCGCAAGCGUAGUGUUGCAUUGAGGAAGUGAAAAAAGUAGCGAAAGCAGCAAUGGGAUCGAGGAAGAACCCGGUUGUUUUUGAGGACUACUUCCCUGCAAUGAUGGAGAAACUGGGAACUGAGGGGUUCAUGAAGGAGCUGACGAACGGUUUUCAGUUGUUGAUGGACAGAGAGAAGAAGGUGAUAACGUUUGAGAGCUUGAAGAGAAACUCUGCAUUGCUUGGGUUGGAAGGGAUGAACGAUGAUGAGAUAAGGUGCAUGCUAAGAGAAGGUGAUCUUGAUGGUGAUGGAGCACUGGAUGAGAUGGAGUUCUGCACUCUAAUGUUCAGGUUGAGCCCUGCUUUGAUGAACAAUUCCAAGGAACUUUUGGAGGAAGCCAUUUUCCCUUCUCAUUAGUUUCUUUCUUCUUCUCUCACACAGCUCCUUCUUUUCUUCUAAACUGCUUUUCUUUUUUUCUUCUUUUCUUCUUCUUUUUUCCUUCUUUUUUUCUUCUUCUUAUGGAGCUGUUUGUGGUUUGUAAUUGUGAUUUGUGGUUAAGUAGUUGGAUGAACUUUGCUUAUUCAACAAUGCCACCACUUGAUCUAUAUUCAUCGAUAAUCAUCAUAAUCAUCAACAAAUCAAUCUUAAGCGUUGAAACCUGAAUGCUCUGAAUCAUCUUAUAUAUUGUGAGUUGUUGUAUAUUUAAAGGGAUUGUGAAAACAUGACAAAAACAGACAAAGUUAUGUGCUGGAAGAUUGAAGACAUGGAGAAAAGCAAUCUAAAUUUCCUCAUAUACUGCAGU